CUUUUUUAAUAGGGAGAAAUAUAGUUAGGAGCAGACAGAUAAAUUAAGAUUUUAAAUAAUUCCAUAAUUCCCACUAUCUUUAAUAGAAAACUGUAUUCUGUUUUUCUUGCAAGGCAGGGAAAUCUAUUUGUAUAUUUUUCAGCGUCAGCUUUGAACGGGUGUUGGUUUGGUUUCUGUCUCAGAUGUUUUCGCAGAUGAUCUAGGAUUGAGGAAUUUUGUCAUCAUCAUCUGUGAAAAGCGGGGAGAGAGAGAGAGAGAGAGAGUUAUUUAUUCAUUCUCUCUCUAUCUAGUUUAAUCCGUUUACUUCGAAGAGAGAGAGACUUGUUGUUUUGUCUGUGCUUGUGUUUUGUCACGGUCAUUGGAUGCACGUGGAAGCCCACAAGAAAAGAGCUGUUAAACUUAUUGAAAGAAUGGCUCUCUCUGGGGCUUGUAACCAUCGAGGGGAGGUGAGGCUCCAUGAAAGUUUGGAUGAGCUUAGCACUGAUUUGGCAGACUAUAUUGCUGAAUUAUCAGAGGCAUCUGUGAAAGAGCGGGGUGUCUUUGCCAUUGCGUUGUCUGGUGGUUCUCUCGUUGGCUUAAUGAGGAAACUCUGUGAUGCUCCUUUCAACAAGACUGUAGACUGGGCCAAAUGGUAUAUAUUUUGGGCUGACGAGCGUGUUGUGGCAAAAAAUCAUGCUGACAGUAAUUAUAAGCUAGCAAAGGAUGGCCUAUUGUCCAAGAUGCCUAUAAUUCCCAGUCACGUGCAUUCUAUCAAUGAUUCAAUGACAGCAGAGGAGGCUGCCAAUGACUACGAGUUUGUCAUCCGACAAUUAGUGAAAACUCGUGUGGUCAGUGUGUCUGAGAUUAGUGAUUGCCCAAAGUUUGACCUUAUACUCCUUGGAAUGGGCCCUGAUGGCCAUGUUGCCUCACUAUUUCCUAACCACUCGGUGCUCAAUGAGAGAGAUGAGUGGGUAACUUUUAUUACUGAUUCCUCCAAACCCCCACCAGAGAGGAUCACAUUCACUUUGCCUGUCAUCAACUCAGCCUCCAACGUUGCUGUGGUCGUGACAGGUGACAGCAAAGCAGAGGCUGUACACUUGGCAAUUGACGACGUGGGACCUGACUCCCUGUCACUGCCAGCAAGGAUGGUGCAGCCAAUGAAAGGGAAGUUGGUGUGGUUUUUGGACAAGCCAGCUGCCUCAAAACUUGACCGUUCUCAAUUUUCUGAGUAGAUUGGGAUGUGUAUUGCUUGUAUGUAGCGAUGGGAUUUUACCCCUGUGGAUUAUGUUCUUUCCCAUUAGUUCUUUUUGCUUUUCGCAUUCGGUUAAAUUCUCCAUUUGGCCUUUCUUGCUCUCUUCCUUCAAAAGUGUUGGACAAAUGUGAUUAUCCUUGUUGUGAGAUGAGGUUAAUAAUGUAGGGGCCGUGAUGCAAAAGCUGUUUUGUUCAGGUUCCUUAUAUAGGAACUUGCAUAGUAAGUUCGUGAAAUUCAACAGGAUCUUUGUCUC